AUGAUGACCUGUGGCGCCAGUGUGAUCUGGGUGGUGCUGGUGCUGCUGGGGAGUGCCGCCGAUCCCGUGUUGGGCUAUCGGAUACUGGGCAUCAACACUAGCCCCAGCCGGUCCCACGUGAUCGUUCAGGAUGCGCUGAUGAAGGAACUGGCCCGGCGCGGCCAUCAUGUGACGAUGGUUAGCCCCUACAAGGAGUCGGAACAGGUGCCCAACUAUCGCAAGAUUACGAUGCCACACGUCAUAGGCACGUGGGGAAAAGAUUUCACUGCCAGCAUGUUAAGCAACAACAACGUCCGAUUCGGUAUGAUCAAAUCGAUCCCGAUGCUGUUGCAACUCAGCGCAAGCUCCAUCAACGAGACGGUGCGUUCGGCCGAGGUGCAGGAUUUGCUGCGGGAACCGGAAGGAUACGAUGUGCUCAUCACGGGACUGAUGACUGAUGCCGUGCUCGGGCUGGCCACGGAUCUUGGCUGUCCAACGAUUGUGAUCUGUCCGAACGCUCCGAUGGCCGUGGUGAACUCGAUGGUCGGCAAUCCGACACCGCUAUCCCUGAUACCCAACAUGAUGCUCGGCCUGUCCAGUCCGAUGUCCUUCUGGCAACGGGUGCUCAACGUUUUCGGGUGGGUCGGGGAAGAAACAAUGACUUUAGCGUGGAAGUACUACCAACGGGCGGCUUACAACGAUCUGUUCCCAGCGGACCGGUAUCCGUCUUACGAGUCCGUUCGCCGCAACGUAUCGCUAGUGUUCCUGAACCAUCACUUCUCCAAGGGUGUUCCCCGACCGUACGUGCCAGCGAUGAUCGAAGUCGGUGGACUACAGAUCAAGGACAAACCCUCGCCCCUGCCCACAGACGUGCGUCAGUUCAUCGAGGAAGCCGAACACGGUGUCAUUCUGUUCAGUCUCGGCACGAACCUGCUCAGUUCUUCGAUGCCGCCGGAAAAGCUGGACGCCAUCCUGGGAACUUUCCGGGCCCUCAAGCAGCGCGUGAUCUGGAAGUGGAACUCACAGGACAUGCCGCGCAAACCGGACAACGUGAUGUUGCGCGAGUGGCUACCACAGGACGACAUUCUGGCCCAUCCCAACGUGCGGCUUUUCAUCAUGCACGGUGGGCUCGGUGGUAUUGCGGAGGCCCUGUUCCACGCGGUCCCCCUUGUGGGCAUUCCCAUGUUCGGUGAUCAACCGGGCAACUUGGAGAAAGUCGAACAGGAGGGCUGGGUUCGGGUCGUACAGUACGCGGAACUGACGGAGCAGACGCUCAGUGCUGCGGUACGCGAGGUGCUCGAAAAUGGCCAGUACCGGGAGAACGUGCGGCGUCUGUCGCAGCUGUUCCGCGACCGGCCGCAGAGUGCGAUGGACACGGCCGUCUACUGGACGGAGUACGUGAUCCGGCACCGGGGAGCACCACACCUGCGCUACCCGGGGGUCGACAUGAACUUCUGGCAACGCGCUUCGUUGGAUGUGAUCGCGUUUUUGGCCGUCACCGGGUAUGCGCUCUGCAAGCUGAUCUCGCUCGUGUGGCGAAUUUGUUGUAGAGGCAGAGGUAAAAGUAAGCUCAAGAAGCACUAGGAUCAUCUACGCCGGGCGCCGAAAGUUGGGAAUAAUAUUUAAAUUGCGAAUACCUUUCGUGUCGAUCGAAAUAAUGAUGUUUGCACUCAGCAGACCGGCCACGCGCGUAGGCCUGCGCCUUGUGUUUGCAGACAUCAGUUCUCAAUUAUGACUCAAUUACGUAUUCAGCUUUCGUGGGCCAAGACCGUGGACCGUGUUGUGGCUAUUCUUCAUUUCGCGGUUGAUUCGCGUCCUACGCUCACCCGGUAAGCACACAGCAGGUUAAAAUUACCAUGCGAUUGCCAACCCAUUUUGUGGCGACUCCCCGAUGCCGCCGACUUAAGAAUAGGCCCCGGAGCAGCCCCAUGGAA